UCUGUGCUCCCAGCUUUGCCAGAAGGAUGCCUCCAAAGGGCAAAGGGAAGAGGAAAAAAGGAGCGAAGCAACACAAAAAGGGAAAUGCAGCAGCAGAAAGCCAAGCUGCAGCCACAUCCAGGAGAGCAGUGCUGGAGGCUGACAGGCUGCAAGAGCACCCAGCUCACUGGAGGGAUGUGGCCUGGCAGAUGAGGGCUGACACUGAAGGGCUCCGGCGGAGGCUGUGGGAGCUGGAGCAGGCACUGGAACGGGCGCAGGAUGACAAGCGAGACAUGCACGAAGAAAUGACCCGGCAAUACCAGGAGCUGCAGAAGCAGACAGCAGCACACAGCCAGCGCCUGGAAGCAAAAGUGAAAAGCCUGCAGGAACAGCUGGCCACCAGGCUGCAGGAAACCCAGCACACCCAGCAGGCUGCCACCAAAGCACUUGCAGAGAGGGACAGGACCAUCGCCCAGCUGCAGGGCAGAAUGGACAUCAUGCAGAGGGAGUAUGAGAAGAUCUUCCACGACAGCCUGGACCUUGUGCUGGCCAAGAUGGCAGAGACCAGGCAGCACUGGGAGGAGGAAGGCACAACCAUCUGCCUGGAGCACAAGCAGCACCUGCAGGAGUUCGGCCUCAACCCCCUGGAGAUGUAGCACUCAGGGACCCCCCACAGGAGAGGACAGGCUCUCAGCCUCUAUCAGCACAGCUGCCCCGGGGUUCUGUCUGUCCCUGGGAUAUGCUGCUGGAUGACAGACCCCCAGCACACCACUCACGUGAACGGCAGCGUGGAUUUGUCCUUUAAUCACUCUCCAAAGCAGCGACAUGGGAACAGUGCUGUGAUGAGGGCAGGUACCACCCAGCAGUUUGCAGAGGAGGAGCACGAGGGAGCACGAGUCCAUGCAGGGCAGACCUGAGCCCAGAUGAGAGCUGGGGGGUUCCUUCAGCACCCUUUUCCCCUUAGCCCAAAGUCCAGCCCCCUGGGUCAUGGCACGGAGGGCAGUGCCUUGGCUCUCCUGGGGGCAAUCCAGAGCCUGGAGCUGAGCAUUAUGUCCCCAGAUAUCCCUGGAGGUGUGGGAGUGUCUUCAGAUUACUGCUACAUUCAAUAAA